CGUUACACAUUUUGAGUUUGUAUUAGGCACUUUAGAGCCCCCUGCAGGCCAUUACUUGUAUUCAGUUCUUUCGUAGAUUCUUAAUAUUGCGUUCAUUCUCAUUGGCUGAUAAGAGUCACGUUGUUAAUCACGUGAUGUCAGACGUGAUCUGUCAUUAUUUCGGCAGCCAUUUUGAUCUGUCAUUUGAGCCAGAGAUCCACACGGUGAAACAUCUUUUUUAUCUCACGUCAUUCAUCCGUGUAAGCCUUGGAGAAGCUUUGUUUUUUCACACUUCUAAACCUGCAACAACUUGUUCAACAACAAUCAAUAAAUGGACAUUCAAGUGGAUGUCGACAACAUCCUCUACGGACUUUCAUCAUUGAUCCUGUCUUCAAGUUUUGUUGGGGAAAAGUGUUUAGCUGUCUGGUGAUGUGUGCAUCGCUACGUGCUCAGGUGCCAGAACAGUGAAAAAACAGCAUCACAGCGGGCUCUAAACAACGGAUACCUACCGCGAUCAAGAGAGAUAUUCUCCGUUAGCCGUUCCAGUGCAUCAGUGUGAUCUCACUGCGUUAAGAUGGAAGCUGCUUCACGAACGGAAGAACAAAAAGACACUACGUUAGCAGAUGCUACAAAGUCUGUGUAUGGUGACUCCAGCUCAAGCUCAAGGUCUUCUUCGGCUAGCCUAGCCGCAGCUAAAGCAAGGGCUAAAGUAUUAGCCGCACGUGCCCGUACCACGUUUGUUCAAAAAGAAAAUGAUCUACUAAUAGAAAAAGCUCGUAUGGAUGCUACUCUUGCUACCCUAAAGCUAGACAAAGAGAUUGCAUCAGCAGAAGCAGAAGCCGAAGCUCUUGAGUCAACUGCAGCAGAAUUGGAGAGAGGCUCCAGAACUAUAAUUUCUCUUCCAACUCAAUCUCCACGUGAAAGAACGUUUAACUACGUUGAGUGUCAUUCAAAUGCAGCCUCUGAGUCUACACCUACUGACCCAACACGGCAGCCUCAACAACGUAACCCUGCUAACGUUAAUAGCACAAGGCAAUACAAUCAAGACUCCUUCGAUAGAGACCUCAACAGAUCUAGGCAACCUGCCUUAACCAACCAGGCACCAAGCCCUGCUCCUGAUGAAAAACCUCACAUCCCCUACCCAAUGGGGACACAUCAGCCACUCUCGUCCACUCACCCCAGACAGGCUCCUCAUACUCACUAUGGUGACCAUACGGGGUUCGGUGAGGUAGCUCAAUUCCUUGUUCGGCGCGAACUAUUGAGCUCCAGCCUUACCAAAUUCGAUGAUCAACCUGAGAGCUACUGGGCAUGGAGGUCGAGCUUCUUAAACUCCAUUAGAGGAAUUGAUCUCACCUGCAGCGAAGAGCUCGAUCUACUCACUAAAUGGUUAGGCCCGCAGUCUUCAGCGCACAUCAAGAGGAUAAGAGCUGUCCACGUCAACGACUCAACUCAAGGCCUGAAAAUGGCAUGGUCUCGUCUUCAGGAGUGUUACGGCUCACCAGAGAUGAUCGAAAAGGCUCUCUUUGACAGAGUGGAGAAGUUUCCCAAAAUCAACAGCAGGGAUUAUCCUAAACUAAGAGAGAUUGGAGACCUGCUACAGGAGCUAGCAUCGGCUAAGCGCGAGGGCUACUUACCUGGACUUGCUUGCUUGGACACAGCUAGAGGUCUGAACCCCAUAGUGGAAAAAUUACCAUGGAACCUCCAAGAAAAGUGGAUUUCUAAGGGGAGUAACUACAAGUUAGCGCACAACGUGCCCUUCCCACCUUUCACCUACUUUGCUGACUUCGUCUCCAGAGAGGCCCUCAUCCGCAACGACCCAAGCUUCUCUUUUGCCAGUUCAGCUGCUACAACAACUAAGCCAGACGCUGCAGAUAAGAAGACAAGAAACUUCAUAUCCACCCAUAUAACGGAUGUCUCUCCAGUUUCCGACUCCGACACAACAGAGACUUCCAGUGCUAGGCCUGAUGUCAGUAAACAGUGCCCCAUCCACCAAAAGCCUCACCCCCUCAAACAUUGUAGAGGCUUUCGAUCCAAACAUAUCGAAGAACGCAAGGCAUUUCUCAAAGAAGCUGGUAUAUGUUUUCGAUGUUGUUCUUCAAACAAACACGUUGCCAAAGAUUGCAAAACAGAAGUGCACUGUAGGGAGUGCAACAGCGACAGGCAUAUAUCGGCUCUUCACGCUGGGCCAGUUCCUUGGGCUAACCAGUCCCCUCAGGCAGAGAACGGCGGGGAGUCGGAACCUCCUCCUACAGUGAACUCCAUGUGCACCGAGAUCUGUGGAGGAAACAACGGACCUAGCUCCUGCUCUAAAAUUUGCCUCAUCACAGUGCAUCCUAAGGGAGAACCAAACAGGUCAGUGAGACUCUACGCCAUUCUUGAUGACCAGAGCAACCGGUCACUCGCCAGGCCAGAGUUCUUCAACCUCUUUAACCUUGAAAGCUCAGAAGCUCCCUACACAUUGCGUACGUGUGCCGGUCUCACUGAAAUGUCAGGUAGGAGAGGCAGAGGCUUUGUCGCACAACCUUUGGAUGGAAAUCUCAGUAUAGAUCUUCCGACACUCAUCGAAUGCAACUACAUUCCUGAAGACAGGUCCGAGAUACCUACUCCAGAAGUAGCAAAAUAUCACACUCACCUCAAUUCCAUUGUUGAGCACAUUCCUCCGCUUGACCCAGAGGCUCAGAUCCUUCUUCUCCUUGGGCGUGAUGUCCUACAGGCUCACAAGGUACGAGACCAGCGCAACGGACCUAAUAGCGCACCAUAUGCCCAACGCUUGGAUCUUGGUUGGGUCAUCAUCGGUGAGGUCUGCCUAGGCACAGCUCACAAACCCAAACAUGCAAGUGUGUUCCGCACUCACGUUCUGGAGAACGGCCGCCAUUCACACUUCUCACCCUGUCCGAACCAUCUCACAGUUAAGGAGAAACUCACCGUGAAGACCCAAAGCACCAACAGUCUCUCUGAACUGUCAAGCUCACCACCGACUCGCGAAGCAGAGAGAUGCGGUUACGAUGACUCCUUGGGAAGCAAGAUAUUCCAACGCACCGAAGAUGACAACAAGGUCGCUCCCUCUAUUGAAGACAAGCUGUUCAUCGAGUUAAUGGAUAAAGAGAGCUACAUCGACGACGGCAACAGCUGGGUAGCCCCACUUCCGUUCCGCCCGUCAAGACCACUUCUGCCUAACAAUAGAGAGCAAGCUCUGAAUCGUUUCAACUCUCUUUGUCGUACGCUUGGAAGAAAGCCGGAGAUGAAGGAGCAUUUUGUCACCUUCAUGCAACGUAUCUUUGAUCAAGAUCAUGCAGAGCUCGCUCCUCCGUUGACUAACAGAGAGGAGUGCUGGUACCUCCCCACAUUCGGAGUGUAUCACCCCCACAAACCAGGUCAAAUCAGAGUUGUGUUUGACUCCAGCGCCAAACAUCUUGGAGUGUCUCUGAACGACGUGUUGUUGACCGGACCAGAUCUUAACAACAGUUUACUGGGAGUUCUGAUGCGUUUUCGAUGUGAACAGGUUGCCUUCACCGCCGACAUCGAACAGAUGUUCCAUAGUUUCAUCGUGAGAGAAGAUCACAGGAACUUUCUUAGGUUCCUAUGGUUCAGGAACAACGACCCUACGGACGUGGUUGUAGAAUACCGGAUGCGGGUCCAUGUGUUUGGCAACAGUCCGUCUCCAGCGGUAGCGACCUACGGCCUCAGACGAGCUGCUCUACACGGAGAAGAGGAGUUUGGUCACGCAGCGAAAGAGUUCGUACAUAGAGAGUUCUAUGUAGACGAUGGCCUCAAAUCUCUGCCCUCUGUGUCUCAAGCGGUCGACCUACUUACAGCAGCACGAGGUAUGCUAGCAAUGUCCAACCUACGUCUCCACAAGAUUGCGUCCAACUGUCCAGCAGUUAUGCAAGCGUUUCCAUCCUCUGAGUAUGCCAAGGACUUGAAGGACCUCGACCUGGAAACUGACUCUCCACCGAUGCAGCGCAGCCUAGGAUUGAAUUGGGACCUGAGCAGAGAUACGUUCACUUUUCGGGUCGCCAACACCAAUAGACCCUUCACACGCAGAGGUGUGCUCGCUUGUGUGAACAGUUUGUUCGAUCCACUUGGCCUGGUGGCACCGAUCUCCAUACAAGGAAAGCUCCUUCUGAGAGAACUCACCCACAACACCGUCGAUUGGGACGAGCCGCUCCCUGCUGAAAAGGAAACCGAGUGGAUUGCUUGGAGGGAUUCACUACAAGCCCUUGAAAACUUUGAGACUCCUCGUUGCUACACAAGCACAUCUGUUUCCAACGCCCAGCGCGUGGAGCUACACAUCUUUUCAGACGCUUCUGUGAAGGCCAUUGCUGCAGUAGUUUACCUCAAGGUGCUAGACAACAGCGGCGAAGUCCAUGUAGGAUUCGUCAUAGGAAAGGCAAAGUUAGCUCCGAUGUCAGUCCAUACAGUCCCGCGGCUUGAACUGGGAGCAGCAGUCCUGGCGGUUGAGAUAGCAGAAUUGGCUUCAAGAGAGUUGGAUCUGAAGUUUGAUGAUGUGCGGUUCUAUACAGACAGCAAGGUUGUGCUUGGGUACAUUUAUAACGCAACCCGCCGGUUCUACGUGUAUGUCAGUAACAGGGUAGAACACAUCAGGAAGUUCUCAAGCCCUAACCAGUGGCACUACGUACCCACCGGCCAGAACCCAGCAGACGUAGCAACCAGACCAGUACAUGCAGCACUGCUCACCAACACGAGCUGGCUCACCGGGCCUGACUUUCUGCUGCUACCGUCUAAAGAAGACAUCCCACUGGGAACACCUUUCAGCCUUGUGGACCCAGACUCUGACGCAGAAGUGCGAUCUCACCUAACCACAUGCACCAGCCCAAACCUGGGCUCUCAGCGGUUUGAACGGUUUUCAACAUGGCAGUCUCUCAUCAGAGCCAUAGCCACACUCAUCCACAUCACAGACGUCAUCAGAUCCAGCACUACAACUGGAAACAAAGAAUGUAAAGGCUGGCAUCAAUGUUCAAAAGCACACACAUCCGACAAUCUGUUGAAGGUAAAACAGGUCAUCAUUCGAUGUGUUCAAAAAGAAACCUAUCCCACUGAGAUGUCCUGUCUGCAGCAAGGGAUAUGCAUUCCUAACGACAGUCCACUGAGGAAGUUGGAUCCUGUUCUCGAUUGUGACGGACUCUUGAGAAUCGGUGGCCGGCUUCAACGCUCAAGUCUUACCGCGGAGGAGAAACACCCUCUCAUUGUCCCUGGUCGCAGCCACGUCGGCGCUCUACUUACCAGCUACUACCACAGGAGAGUCGAACACCAGGGCCGGAUCUUCACGGAGGGAGCUAUACGUGCAGAUGGCAUUUGGAUGGUCGGAGCCAAGAGGUGCAUCGCAAAGCUUCUACACAAGUGUGUCACGUGUAACAAACUCAGAGGUAAAACAGCAGAGCAAAAGAUGGCCGACCUCCCUCCAGAUCGUCUAAGUACAGAGCCUCCUUUCACUAAUGUAGGCAUCGAUGUAUUUGGUCCUUGGAGUAUCUCUACUCGACGCACCCGUGGAGGCGCUGCCAACAGCAAAAGGUGGGCAGUUAUCUUCACCUGUCUCAGUGUACGUGCUGUUCACAUAGAGCUCAUUGAAGCCAUGGACACAUCAAGCUUCAUCAACGCUCUGCGUAGAUUUCUUGCCAUCCGGGGUCCUGUGAAGCUUAUUCGUUCAGACUGUGGCACAAAUUUCAAGGGAGCCUGUAAAGAGCUGCAAGUACUCUUGCAAGACGACCAGGAGCCCAACAUCUCUAAGUUCCUCAGUGCUGAGGGUUGUACAUGGAUCUUUAACCCACCUCAUUCAUCACACAUGGGUGGUGUUUGGGAGAGGAUGAUUGGCAUCGCAAGAAGGAUUCUGGAUUCCAUGCUAAGUCAGACUCCACCUUCCCUACUCACCCACGACGUUCUGUCUACUACGAUGGCAGAGGUGUCGGCCAUUAUCAACGCCAGACCUCUGACAACCAUCUCUACCGAUGCAGACGCUCCGUUACUUCUGACUCCCAACACGAUUCUUACCCAGAAAGUUUGCUGUCCAUAUCCUCCUCCAGGCUGCUUCGUCGACGCAGACUUACACCGUCAGCAAUGGAGAAGAGUCCAGCACUUGGCCAACACCUUUUGGGAAAGGUGGCGGCGUGAGUAUGUCUCAACCCUCCAGAGUCGUUCUAAGUGGCAGAAGAGCCAGCCCAACAUCAAGGAGGGAGACCUAGUGCUUCUUCGCGAUAAUCAGCUGAAGAGAAACCAGUGGCCCAUGGCAUUGGUGACUAAAACCUUCCCUGGAAGUGACGGAAAGAUCAGGAAGUUGGAGCUCAAGGUAACUAGAGGAGGCACUUCCAAGACCUUUCUUCGCCCUAUCACUGAAGUGGUGGUGCUGAUGACCCCUUAGGAUCAAACAGACUCUCGAUUGACCCCCAGAUGUUUGGUUAUUUAAGGUGCUAUUGUGUUCAAUACCAGGCGGGGAGUGUUACGUUACACAUUUUGAGUUUGUAUUAGGCACUUUAGAGCCCCCUGCAGGCCAUUACUUGUAUUCAGUUCUUUCGUAGAUUCUUAAUAUUGCGUUCAUUCUCAUUGGCUGAUAAGAGUCACGUUGUUAAUCACGUGAUGUCAGACGUGAUCUGUCAUUAUUUCGGCAGCCAUUUUGAUCUGUCAUUUGAGCCAGAGAUCCACACGGUGAAACAUCUUUUUUAUCUCACGUCAUUCAUCCGUGUAAGCCUUGGAGAAGCUUUGUUUGUAAGUAACUUAAUUCAUCUAUGUCUUAUGUAAUUAUUUACGUUCGUAUUUCAUUGUAUUUCACAACUUUAUAACUACGUUUUUAUAACCAAUUUGCAUAUUGGUUCAUUUUCAGUUUCACACUUCUAAACCUGCAACAACUUGUUCAACAACAAUCAAUAAAUGGACAUUCAAGUGGAUGUCGACAACAUC